AUGAGUUAUCGAAAUGAAACUAUGCAGUAUAUUCCUAUUCUAGAAACCAUUUCUAUGGUGAUUUCAAAGUACUCCGUUGACAAAAUAGAUAAUAACGUUUUAACAAAAUUAAAUAAAUUAACUUGUUGUAGUGAUGAGGAACAAUAUAAGAAUCAUCCUUUAUACAAGAAACAUCCAGAUGCUCUUCAGCUUCAACUAUACUGUGAUGAUUUUGAAACAGUAAAUCCUUUAGGAUCAAAAACUAAAGUUCACAAAGUUUGUGCAGUUUAUUUGUCCAUCAAAAAUGUUAACAUAAAGAAAUGCUCUAAAUUGACUAACAUAUAUCCUGUAAUUUAUUGUUUUUCAGCUGAUGUUGCAAAGUAUGGAUAUGAAAAGCUUUUAAAGCCAUUAAUAAAGGACUUGGUAGCUCUAGAGAAGGGAGUUAAAUUGUAUAUAAAUGGAAAUUACAUUUGCAUAUAUGGUGCAGUAGUUAUGUGGUCUGGGGACAAUCUUGCAUUGCACCAAAUUUUUGGAUUUAGUUCAAACUUUAUUGCCAACAAGAGCUGUCAUUACUGCUAUACAACAAAAGAACAAAUGCAACACACUUUUUAUGAAGAAGAUCUAGACUUAAGGACUAAAGAGCGUCACAUUGCAGAUUGUCAAGCACUUUUUAGUGAAGCUAAUAGUAAUAAAUUAUCUGGUGUAUAUAAACGAAAUCCAUUGUCAGAGCUUCAGUAUUUUUCUGUUCCUGAUAACAUUUGCCCAGAUUCAAUGCAUGACAUACUUGAGGGUUGCUUACAGUAUGAAUUAAAAAUAGUUCUUCAUCGCUUAUUACUAACUGAUUGCCUGUUGUCCAUUGAGGAAUUCAACUGUCGAUUGCAAACCUUUAAUUUUGGCAUUGCAAAUAACACGUGA